GAACACCUAUGGCCAACAGAACACCUAUGGCCAACAGAACACCUAUGGCCAACAGAACUACAGUUCUCCCCACUACGGUCUGAACGUUGGCCCUGGCAACAUUGCGGUGGUCUCUCCAGCGGGUCAGUAUAACGACAUGGGUCAGGGUCAUCCCGAGGACCAACAACAACAAUGGGCUGCUCCACUACCACCUGACUAUUCCACCGGGCUGGAGGACACCGGCUGCUUUGAUGACAAAGCUAUAAGAAGAGGCUUUAUAAAGAAGGUGUACCUGACUCUGAUGAUUCAGCUUCUCGUCACCUUUGGGAUCAUCUGUGCCUUUCUGUAUUGGGAGGCUCUGAGGCUCUGGUCUAUGAAGACCUACUGGUUUUCUUCCUGCAUGAUAGCAGUGGUGCUUGUCAUCAUCAUUUCCUUGUCCUGUUGUGUCAAUGUACGUCGGAAGGUCCCGCUCAAUUUCCUGGCCUUGGGCCUGUUUACCACUGCAGAAGGUCUACUGCUGGGCUCUGUGACUGUGUUCUAUGAGGCGGAAGCUGUUAUGUGGGCUGUGGGCGCCACAGCACUGGUUUCCCUGGCUCUGAGUGUCUUCGCCAUGCAGUCCAGAUGGGACUUCACCUUAGCCAGUGGGGGCUUGUGGGUGUUCUGUUGGACUCUCAUAUCCUUUGCAUUGUUGUGUGGAAUCAUGCGAUCCCAGUAUGUGUACAUUGUGUACGCUUGCCUGGGAACCUUGCUAUUUUCUUUGUACCUGGUGAUGGACACUCAGCUCAUACUGGGCGGGAACCACAAAUACAGCAUUUCACCAGAGGAGUACAUCUUUGCUGCUCUCAACCUGUACCUGGACAUCAUCUCUCUGUUCACCAUGCUACUGGCACUCAUUGGACUUAGCCGUUAACUUAAUACGCUGUUUUCACGUCAGAUAGCGCAACAAGCCACCUGCACUGAUGUAGUUGAGGGACGAGCGUGGAGUAGGAAUUAGGAUAAUGCCUUUUUAAAAAUGAAAUGAAAUCAAAUCAAAUGUAUUGGUCACAUACACGUAUUUAGCAGAUGUUAUUGAGGGUGUAGCAAAAUGCUUGUGUUCCUAGCCCCAACAGAAAUGUUUGUGUUCCUAGCCCCAACAGAAAUGCUUGUGUUCCUAGCCCCAACAGAAAUGUUUGUGUUCCUAGCCCCAACAGAAAUGCUUGUGUUCCUAGCCCCAACAGAAAUGCUUGUGUUCCUAGCCCCAACAGAAAUGCUUGUGUUCCUAGCCCCAACAGAAAUGCUUGUGUUCCUAGCCCCAAUAGAAAUGCUUUUGUUCCUAGCCCCAACAGAAGUGCUUGUGUUCCUAGCC